GCGCGCGGCAGCUGAGAAGUGUCCGUGUGGAUCCGGAUCGCAGAUGAAGUUCGGCUCUUGUGCCGCUUCUAACGCGCUCCGGGGACGUAACUAUGUGAGUCUGACAGCUGCGGACGCGGGUUCAGAGAGAUCCGGUGAUGCGGCUCGGCUCGGGUCUACAUGACAACAGAAUCAGCCGAGUGAGAUAUAAAUGGCUUUAACAGCGUUUGUUAGCAUGGAGCCGUGUGCGAACGCAUCUGGUGUGAGCGGUGACGGGGCUUCAGAGAAGCGGGCGAGUGGCGCCGCCCUGCAGGUUCAUCUGUACAGCUGCAGAGACGAGGAGAGCGCGCUCAUCUAUCCGCCCGGAGAAUACGUGACCGAAGAGCUGUGCAUCAGCGCCGCCAAGGAGUGCAGUGUCAGUCCUCCGUACUGCAGUCUGUUUGGACUCAUGAGAGAGCGAGACCGAGUGUGGCUUCCACCCAAUCACAUCCUCAAGAUCGAGGCCUCGGCCAAUGAGACGCUGCUGUUCAGGAUCAGGUUUUAUUUCCCGGGCUGGUACGGCAGCGGCUCGAGUGCGGCUCGCAGGUUCGGCGUCUCUAAGAGCUCGGAGACACCUGUGCUCGAUGACAUCACCGCGGCGUACCUGUUUGCUCAGUGGAGGUCAGAUUUCCUGAGCGGUGCGGUCAGCGUUCCCAUCAGCCUGGAGUUUCAGGAAGAGUGCUUGGGAUUGGCUGUUCUUGAUAUGAUGCGUUUGGCCAAAGAAAAAGCCAAGUCACCUGUUGACAUCUACAACCACAACAGCUAUAAGUCGUUCCUCCCGAAGAACAUGCGAGCGCACAUCCAGAACCAGCACUUUGUGACCCGGAAGAGGAUCCGCUUCCGCUUCAGGAAGUUCAUCCAGCAGUUCGGCGCGUGUAAAGCCACGGUGCGAGACCUGAAGCUGAAGUACGUGGUGAGUCUGGAGACGCUGCAGUCCGCCUUCUACACUGAACUAUUUCACGUCAACGAACCGUCCGCAGGAAGCGUCUCCAUCAUCGUCAGCGGGAGCCACGGCAUGCGAUGGUCCAAAGUAAAAGAGGCUCGAGACCGAGAGGAUCCACAGGUUUACUGUGAUUUCUCGGACGUCAUCGACAUCAGUGUAAAGCAGGGGACUAAAGACGGGUCUGUGGAGAACCGGAUCGUCUCCAUAAACAGACGUGACGGUCAGACGCUGGAGCUGGAGUUUCACUCUCUGAGCGAGGCGCUGUCCUUCGUGUCUCUGAUCGACGGCUACUACAGACUCACCACAGACGCUCAUCACUACCUGUGUAAGGAGGUGGCGCCCCCUAGAGUACUGGAGGCCAUCCAGAUCAGCUGCCACGGGCCAGUGUCGACGGAGUUCGCCAUCAGCCGCUUGCGUCGAUGUGAAAACCACAGGGGUGUUUAUAUCCUGCGCUGCAGCCCAAAAGAUUACGACCGGUACUUCCUGUCCUUCGUGGUUGAGGCGGAGGGUCAGCUGGAGUUCAAGCACUGUCUGGUGGUGCGCUCUCACUCAGGAGAGUUUGUGCUCAGUGGAGGCAGAUGCAGCUUCAGCAGUCUGGGUGAAUUACUGCAGCACUACCAGAAGGAGGCGCUGCGCUCCGACAGACACGUGUUCCAGUUCAGCCGCUGCUGUCCACCGCGCAGCAAAGAUAAAUCCAAUCUGCUGGUGUGCAGGAGCAGCCAAAGCUCUGACGCCUGUCUCUCGCCGUCUGAACUCAAACACAUCAACCAGAUGAUCUUCCACAAGAUCCAUAAAGAAGAUCUGGAGACGAGAGAGAGUCUGGGUCAGGGAACGUUCACGCAGGUCUUCCGCGGCGUCCGGAGGGAGCUCGGUGAUUACGGAGAGGUCCACAAGAUGGACGUAGUGCUCAAAGUCCUGGAUAAAAGCCACCGCAACUACACCGAGUCGUUCUUCGAGUCAGCGAGCAUGAUGAGCCAGCUAUCCCACAAACACCUGCUGCUCAACUACGGUGUCUGCGUGUGUGCUGAAGAACACAUCAUGGUGCAGGAGUAUGUGCGCUUCGGCUCUCUGGACACAUACCUGAAACGAAACCGCAGCACCAUCAACAUCACCUGGAAGCUGGAGGUGGCUAAGCAGCUAGCAUGGGCGCUACAUCACCUGGAGGAGAAGAACCUGAUCCACGGAAACGUCUGUGCUAGGAACGUUCUGGUGACCCGAGAGGAAGACAGAAAGACGGGAACGCCUCCGUUCAUCAAGCUCAGUGACCCGGGGAUCAGCAUCACCGUCCAGCCCAGAGAACUUCUGGUGGACCGGAUCCCGUGGGUUCCUCCCGAGUGUGUGAAGGACAGCAAGAGCCUGAGUUUGGCAGCAGAUAAGUGGAGCUUCGGCACUACGCUGUGGGAGAUCUACUGCAGCGGAGAACAUCCGCUCGCGGCGUACGACGGCUCCAAGAAGCUGCUGUUCUACGAAGACAAGCACCAGCUCCCAGCUCCGAAGUGGACAGAGCUGGCCAGCGUGAUCAACAGCUGCAUGGAGUACGAGCCGCUGCUGAGACCCUCGUUCAGAGCCAUCAUCCGAGACCUCAACAGCCUCUUCACACCAGACUACGAGCUGCUGGUGGAGAGCGACACGGUUCCCAGCAGGCAUCGGGCUCUGGGUCUCGUCGGAGCGUUCGAGAGUCAGGAACCCACUCAGUUUGAGGCCAGACACCUGAUCUUCCUGCAGCUGCUGGGGAAGGGGAACUUCGGCAGCGUGGAGAAGUGCCGCUACGACCCGCUGCAGGACAACACGGGUGAAGUGGUGGCGGUGAAGAAGCUGCAGCACAGCACGGCCGAACACCUGCGAGACUUCGAGCGUGAGAUCGAGAUCCUGCGCUCGCUGCAGCACGAGAACAUCGUCAGAUACAAGGGAGUGUGUUACAGCGCAGGUCGGAGGAACCUACGGCUGGUCAUGGAGUUUCUGCCCUUCGGUAGUUUGAGAGAUUAUCUUUCUAAGAACAAGGAGCGUUUCGACCACAUGAAGCUUCUGCUGUACGCCUCUCAGAUCUGUAAGGGGAUGGACUAUCUGGCGUCCAGGCGUUACGUCCAUCGAGAUCUGGCCACCAGGAACAUUCUGGUGGAGAGUGAGUUUCGAGUGAAGAUCGGAGACUUCGGCCUGACUAAAGUUCUUCCUCAGGAUAAGGAGUAUUACACGGUCCGAGAGCCGGGCGAGAGCCCCAUCUUCUGGUACGCGCCGGAGUCUCUGACUGAGAGUAAGUUCAGCGUGGCGUCAGACGUCUGGAGCUUCGGAGUCGUUCUCUAUGAACUCUUCACAUACAGCGACAAAAGCUGCAGUCCUCCAGCCGUGUUUAUGGAGCAGAUGGGCGAGGACAAACAGGGUCAGAUGAUCGUGUAUCACCUGAUCGAUCUCCUGAAGCGAGGCUAUCGUCUGCCGGCUCCCGAGGGCUGUCCUCUCGAGGUUCAUGCGCUGAUGAAGGAGUGCUGGGCGGAAGAACCGGGUCAUCGACCCUCCUUCAAGGAUCUGGCUCAGAGAGUCGAUGUCAUCCAGGACAGCAAGAGCGUGUGACCCACAGCUGGACUGUGUCCGUGUCCAGGAGUCUCAAGCCUUGAUUUAACUGGAAUUAUGGGAUGCUUGUUCUUUCACUUUAUCAGGGGUUUUAAGAGCCAAAGAAGCAGAAAUCUGAUGAUGCCCUUCCAAAAUAUUGUGCAAGACAUACAAAAGCGUGACGUUAUAAAGACACAAAUCACAUUAUUAAAGCUUUGUUUUUUUAAUACUGUCAUAGAACUAAAGAUAUGGCAAAGAUAAAAAUAAGAUCUGCAAUUUGUAUUUUCCGCUUUUUCUGCUCAAUAUAAGAAAACGAGAUCAUUUUCGGAUCAGUUCAUGUGUGUUUCUGUUGUUAUUUCAUGAAGACGUUGAGGAGGCAGAUGUUUGUCUCAGAUGAACCAGUGUUCAGCAGUGAUUAUGCUUCAGUUCAUGCGUCUCAUCAGAGAUGUUCAGAGCAGAUCCUGAAGAGUGACACACUGAGGGUCGGGUUUAUCACCAAAAUAUGCAAAUCAUGUGAAAAUCAUCUUCAUCAGCAGCAGAUCCUGAUAAUCUUCGUUCAUGGACAUUUCUGUAGUUGGGUUUGUUUGUUCUGGUUUCAUUUUAUAUAAAGAGAUUUCAGAUGCAUGGGAUUCCAGCACAACAGAGAAGAAGAUCUUCAUCUCAAACACUGAAUCUGUCCGGCCUGUAAACUUCAUUCAGCUUUUACUGAAUAUGUGUGAAUGCACUAAAUGAUUGUUUUUAUUAUUAUUGCAGGUAUUUGUACUGUUUUUGUGAGGUGCAGUACACGUUUGAGAGUUUUAAAGAUGUUCCAAAGAUACAAAAGCAAUAUCUACUUUUUUCAAAGACCAAGUAAAACCAAUUUUUCAAAUAAUAGCGUUUCAUUUACCGUAUCUUCCGGACUAUAAGUAGCACUUUUUUUCAUAGAUUGGCUGGUCCUGCGACUUAUAGUCAGGUGUGACUUAUUUGUCAAAAUUAAUUUGACAUGAGCCAAGAGAAAUUAACCAAUAGAAAACAUUACCGUCUCCAGCCGUGAGAGGGCGCUCUGUGCUGCUCAGUUCUGUAGUCUACACUGAAGACAUACAGCGCCCUCUCGCGGCUGGAGACGGUAAUGUUUUCUCUUGGUUUUUGGUUCUAAAUAAAUGCGACUUAUAGUCUGAAAAAUACGGGUAGAUUUUUCAGUUUGUUUGUGUGUGUGAAAACGCCUGAUCACUUAAAUAAUAAAACAUCCCAUCUGAUCGGUGGCGUGUUUUUUAACAGAAUGUUCUACAGUGCAUUUUUACUGUAGCAGGCUAUUCAACCAUGGAAUAAUAAUAAUAAAAAAGUUUAUAUUUUAAAA